AAAGAAAGAAAGAAAUUAAUUUUGCAAGAGUACGAGACGUCUUUGAUUCGAAAAUCAGAAUUUCAACCACAAACAUUACAUUUAGCGUAUACUAAACGUUGGAUGUACCUUUUCUUCCUUCUUGUUUUUUCGUGUCUCUUCACUUCUACUGAUUCCCGGCAGUCCGAAAAAAAUGACGUGGUGAAGAAAUUACCAUUGCCUUAUUUUGGGAAAUAGAGAAUGUAAAGCGCGCGCGCGCACUAUUUCCUUAUUUUAAUUUGCUCGUUUUGAUAAUUUGUAUUACGAUUACAUUUAAAUUGUAUUGCAUUUCAAUGAGCUCUUUAUUGUAAUGUAGCCUGUAUACAGAUUUUUGCUUUUGUGGGCUCAGGUAGUUUUUUUUUCAUAGCUCCAGCUGGUUUCCUAUGGUCAUUAUUUUAUUUAGUGUCUAUUUUGUAUUUUCAAUACGCUGAAUUUACCAAACUAUACAUAAUAAGAAUGGAUGAAGGAGAAAAAUCAAAGAAUACAUGGUCAAAAGAAAAAGUUGAAUCUUCUAACGAUCUAUUUAAUGGUGAAGCUACAGCAGGUUCUUUGGAUGUAGUCAAUGUAACAUCUUUGGCAGAUAUCUUUGAUACUGCAUUUACAUCAACAGCUGAUCCAGCUUCACAUUCUCGAUAUCCCUCAGGAAAUGAAAUGGACUAUGAGCAUUUAUUUGCUGAUAGUGAUAUUGAAGAAACAGACGUAACUACUGCAGUAUCAUAUCCUUGUCAUUCUCAUCGACACUUACAAGCUGCAAAUGAUUAUGUGUGUAGUCAUUAUGUUCCUACAUCAAUUGUAAAUUCUGCAAAUUAUGGUUUGACAGAAUCAAUAAAUUGUAAUAUGUGUCAAAGUAGACAAGAGAAAACUACAAAAAAGGCCUCUGCAGUUUCAAAGACUGAAAGUACACAAGAAGGAGUGUAUGUAAAUGGUUAUAGACAUCAGACAUUAUGUUUAGACGCAUAUACAAAAUAUGAAAGGAAAUGUGCAAAAUUAAAACGUGCAAGAAUAUCUACUGAAUCACCAGCUGAUAGCUGCAGCAUAGCAGGACCAUCUAGAUUAAUAGAUCAUCCUGUUGGUUAUAGCAUAAGUGAAUCAGAGAAUCCUGAUGAAGAUUCUUCAAAUUCAGAAAUUCAUAACAUUACUAAUAAUAAAAUUACAAAAACAGCAUUGUUUACACCUACUCAAUCAACUAUGAUGAAUUCUCAAGAUAUGCAUCCUAAUGAAACAUCAAGAACAGAUGGAGCUCCAACAUCUUCAGAUAUUCAUAUUGAGUGGUCUUCUAGUGAUAGUAGUGAAAAUGAAGAUGAAGAUAGUUCGGUUGAAGUAGUUGGUACAGUCAAUUGUACUGAUAAGAUAAAUUCAAAUGCAUCAACUCAAGAUGUACAGAACGUAGAACAAAGUCAACCUGUUGCUGUAGUAGAUUUAACAACAGAAUCAGAUGAUGAGCAUACUGAAAGCAAUUCGGUACAUGAAUCAAAUCCAUCACCUACAAAUGCUCGACUUAGAACUAGGAGGCAUUGUAUACAUCAUGAUUGGAUGUCAAGUUUGACAUCUUCUCGACAUGAUCAUCAGCAUCGGUUACGAAAUGAUCCAAGUUACAUGAUGGAUAUUGUAUCAAGAAUGCAUAGAAUGCCUCCAACAAUGGAAAGGCUAUGGAUGAUACAACAACGAAUACAAGAGCAACAUCGUCAAUAUCAGCAUAUGCGUCAAGAUAGUCGAUAUUCAAGAAGAAUGUAUGGACCUCAUAGAUUCAUACCACCAAAUACAAAUAUCAGUGAAACUGGUCACUCUACUUGUAGUAUAAAUUGUUGCAAUCAUUUGAACCCAGCAUGUGCAAGAAGAGAUAAUACCUAUUUUCGAUUACCUUAUCCAGCAUUAACAACUGCAAUACUGCCACCACCACAACAACCAAUGGUUUACAGUCAUCCAGAAAGUGGAUCUACUAGGAAUUCUCCUAAUUUUGGAAUAACGCCUGUUGUGCCGAAUCAAACGCCACACGAGUUUCCCUAUUAUUCUUAUCAUCCAAUGUCACAUGCAACUCAAAAUCAAUUAUUUUCCCCGCGUUCUGAAACAUAUAUACACAUUGCUGAUUUUAGACACAUAGUGUGUGCACGAGGUGGAGCUACACAAGAUUCAAUUGAAAGUCAUACAUUCCCACACAAAUAUAAAAGAGUAAAAGAUGUAGAAAAUAAAGAAGAUGCUAUUGAAAAAUGUACUAUAUGUCUUUCUGAAUUUGAAGAAAACGAAAAUGUUCGAAGGCUCCCAUGUAUGCAUUUAUUCCACAUAGAUUGUGUUGAUCAAUGGUUGUGUACUAACAGUUGUUGCCCCAUUUGUCGUGUAGAUAUUGAAACGUACGUUGAUAAAGAGCUUUCACUUCUCACAUGAAUUUUAAAUUAUUAAAAAUUCAUUUUAGUUAUAUGACAUUAUUUUAAAAAUAU